AAUUGCUGGCACUAUUCAGAAGUUAGUUUAGAUUGCUCAUUACCACUUCAUUUCCUCAUCAGCAAGAAUAAAAUCGAUAUUAUAUAAUUUUCGUUCUACUUAUUGAAAUUACGCAGCGAAACGAAAAUGAUUAUAUUCCCAAUACUCUUGGCAAUUGUGCUGGCUCUUGUGGGCUACGUAGUGUAUAGUGUGCGUCAUUCUUUAAGUUAUUGGCAGGACCGUGGCAUACCGUGUGAAGAACCAGAUCCUCAUUCUGGAAAUACAGUUGGUUUGUUCAAGACACGCACCUUUGCUGACAUUUGGAUGCAUACCUAUAAGAAAUUCAAAGGCAGCGGACCCUUUUGUGGAUUUUAUUGGGGUCGUAAUGCCAAUGCGUUUGUGUUAACACCAGAGCUGGCCAAGCUGGUCCUUAUAAAGGAUUUUAAUAAAUUCGCUGAUCGUGGAAUUUACAGCAAUCCGAAGCACGAUCCGUUAUCCGGGCACCUUUUCAUGAUGGAUGGUCACAAAUGGCGUAGCAUGCGCUCAAAGCUUUCGCCGACAUUCACCUCCGGCAAGAUGAAGAUCAUGUAUCCGGUGAUUGUGCGUGUGGGAGAGGAGCUUACAAAUGUAUUUGCGAAAAUGCAACAGGAGGAUCCAGUGAUUGAGGUGAAAGACGUCAUGGCGCGUUUCACUACCGAUGUGAUUGGUACCUGCGCUUUCGGCAUUGAUUGCAACAGCUUGAAGAAUCCUAAUUCCGAGUUUCGCGAGAUGGGUCGCAAAGCCGUAAACGAUGCAUUGAUUAACCCGUUAAGUGGGUUUUUAAUGGAUUCAUUCCCCAACCUAGCCAGAUUCUUAGGUGUGAAAUUGACUCCAGACGACAUCACCGAAUUCUAUAUGCGUAUUGUGCGCGAGAAUAUCGAAUACCGUGAAAAGAAUAAUAUCCGGCGUAACGACUUCUUCGAUAUGUUGCUGGAUUUGAAGAAUAACAAGUUGUUGAAAUCCGAAGAUGGUCAGAAUAUGAGCAUCACCGUAGAGGAAUUGGCAGCGCAGGUUUAUGUGUUCCUGAGAGCCGGUUUCGAAACUUCAUCGACUACACUAUCGUUUGCACUCUACGAAUUGGCGCAACAUCAGGACAUACAGGAACGUGCGCGUCGAGAAGUUUUAGAGGUGCUCGAGCGCCACAAUGGCGAAUUCACCUAUGAUUGUAUGAGCGAAAUGGUUUACUUGAACCAAGUCAUAUCGGAGACCUUGCGCAUGUAUACAGUGCUGCCAGUAUUGAAUCGCAAGUGCUUGGUGGACUAUCCUGUUCCGGGUCAUCCGAAAUAUGUGAUUAAGAAAAACAUUAAUGUAUUGAUACCUGUGGCUGCCAUGCAUCGCGAUCCCGAUCUAUAUCCCAACCCAGAUGUUUUCAAUCCCGAUAACUUUGCGCCAGAAAAAGAGGCUGCACGCGACUGCAUUGAGUUCCUAGCUUUCGGCGAAGGACCACGUAACUGCAUUGGCAUGCGCUUUGGGAAGAUGCAAGUGCGCAUUGGUUUGGCGUUAUUACUGAAGAAUUUCAGGUUUAGCGUGUGCGACAAAACACCCAUACCCAUCAUAUACGAUCUGAGAACCUUCACCGUUAAUUCAUAUUCUGGAAUACAGCUGCGUGUGGACAAAGUUUGAUUGUUUUAGAUUUAAGAAUUUGAAUACUUCAAUUGACACCUCUAUUGUGAAUAUGUAUGUGAUUUUAUUUUACAAAUCUUUUAAUAAUGAUUGAAAACGAUAGAAGAAGUGAAUUUAGUGGAGAUAAA